AUGGAAACACAGCAAGAAGAAAAAACGGAGCUUAGUGAAGAACCAUUACAAGUCACUAUUCUUGAAGUUGGUGGCCAUCAUUUCCAUGUGAACAGAGAUUUGCUUUCCAGAGUAAGCAGAUAUUUUGAAGCUAUGUUUUAUGGAGGCACUAGAGAAACAUCUGCAAGCCACAUUAUUCUGAAAGAAGUCGACACAGAAGCCUUUCAAAUCCUUAUAGAAUUUGCUAACACUUCAAAGGUGAUACUAAACAGACAAAAUGUUAGGAGAAUUCUAGAAACUGCAGACUUUUUCCAGUUUGAGAAACUUGUAAAGCUGUGUGUCAAGUUUUUAGAGAGAGAGCUGCAUGUGUGUAACUGUUUGGGUAUGAUGUCUUAUGCUAAGGAAUUUGCACACAAUGAUCUUUAUGCAGCCGCACGUUCUGUAGCCCUGACCCACUUAUCAGAUCUGCUGUGUGAAGAGGAAUUCCUCCAGCUUUCCAAAGAAAGUUUACUGGGCCUUUUAGGAAGUGACGACCUAUUUGUUUCAAAGGAAGACGUGGUGUUUGAUGCAGUAAUGCAGUGGGUGAUGCACGACUCCAGUAGGGAGGCAGAAUUUUUAGAACUGUCAGGAUCUGUGAGGGUGGCCUUUCUAAGUCUCUCCUUCCUUGACCUCCUUGUAAAACGUGCCAAGCGUAAUGCAGAACAUGACAUUUAUGCUCGAUUAGUAGGAAAACUGGAUAAAAAUCCUCCUGGAAGUUGGAGUAUCAUGGAUGAGGUCCUCACUACCAGCAGAAGCUAUGACACAAUGUACAUUCUAGCAGGAAAACAUGAUAAGCAUGAACAAGAGCUGCAUCAGUUUCAUCAGAAGAUGGGCAUAUGGCAGUCUUGUGCCCCACUGCAGCGUAAGAACCUUACCCAGUAUGCUGUCGCUGUAGUAGGAAAUCUGAUCUUUGUAACUGGUGGUUACUUCAGAGAUGAGUUUGUAUGGUACAGUGUUGACUGGGUCCUAAUCUACAAUUCCUGGGAUGACAGCUGGCUGGAAGGACCUGCAAUGCAGAAGUCUCGGAACUGUCACUGUGCUGUAGGUGUCGGCUUGUAUCUGUAUGUUAUGGGAGGGGGUACAGAUUCAGGAAUCAUUUCGAAUGUUGAGCGUCUUGCUAUAUCAAAGACAGAAUGGGAAAGUACAAGCUCUAUGGUGCGACCAGUUGAAAGGGCUGCUGCUGUCAGCAAAGGGACUAAAGUGUAUGUUUUGUGUGGCCUUGAUGAAAAUGGAGAUGUUUACAGUGGAGUUCAGAGGUUAGAUACAGAAACAGACGUCUGGGAUGUGAUAUCAUAUUCUCCCUGUCCUCGGUAUGACCUCUCUGCUACAGUACUUAAUGGAGCUAUCUACGUCAUUGGAGGCAACGCAUAUAGAUUUGAUACAGAAACUGAUGAAUGGACCCUCCUGGAGGAAGAAUGCCUCAACCGGAAGUUCUUCAUGGGCUGUACUACCACUAAUGGCCGCAUCUACUUACUUGGGCAGUGGAAAGGAAACCAAGCCAUUUCGAAUAUGGUCCAGUAUGACCCGUACAUGGAUACUUGUGAGGUAAUCAAUCAUGCCAUUCCUUGCCCCCUCCCCAUUAGAGGCUGCGUGACAAUUCGGAGGUUUGACAUAUGGGCUGGAUCAGACCACUCAACCCUUGACUAGUAAAACUGCUUUGUUCUCCAAAGAUACAAAACUGUUUUGUCCUCUGGGUAGGAAUCUAGCACAAACAUUACAAUGUCAGAUACUGUUUCUGUAAUUGCCUGAUUAUGUGUUGUAAUGGGUACUUGGUGAAGAGUUCAUUGUAUUUUAGUACAGCAGCAUAUGAUUAUGUCUGAAUAUCAUUUUAUAUAUGCCAGUAAAAUUUAAGGAUGUCUUGUUCCUGGUGUCUGUGCACAACAGUGCUCUUUGUACUGCUUAUGUUCAACUUACCCAGACAUGCAGCAGUGUAGUACGGGAAGGGAAUGCAUCCUGUUCUAAAGGCACUUCAGGGGAUGGUAUCAGUGUGGGUUAAAUCUGGGCAAAAUCCAAUGGUAAAACUUGUAUCAUUACUGGCAUUGGUUCAGUUGUUAAGGUCUUAUACCAUUCGGUCAUCUGGACUGAGCUACAGUCCAGUACAGACAAGAAUAUAGUAAUUAUGUACAUUUCUGAGAAAAUAUGAAUGGGUAAAUCUGACAAGUCUGUUGUACUGAUGGUAAAUAAGAGUAAUGUGUAACGUACUACUGAAGCAUUUAACAUGUG